UUUUAUAAAUUUAUUGAAGAAGAAAUGGAUUUAGAGGCUAUCUUGAUGGACUUGAGUGACAAAAUUCCCUGUUUGCGACACAUCCUUUGUCCGGAAUAUAUUCCGUAUUUAAUCACAGUUACGAUAAUGUUGAUAGGAUGGCUGCUUGUGUCUUGGAUAUUUCAUUUAAUUUGGAUGUUGCUCACUCCUCUAACAAUAAGCGCUAUUACCAUAGCGCUGAUAUGUCCAGCAACAAGCAAAUGGUGUUUUCAACAACUGGGAGCAAAUUUAGAAGAAAUAAUAAACGACUUUGUUCAUAGAUUUCAUGCACCUCAAUAAUGGCAUCAAUAAAGGCUUAACAACUUAAUUUUUACACUAUAGAGUGUAACACUAGAGU